UGGUGGCCGAGAGGGGCUGGAGCCAACCCCCGCCUCCUUCCCCUCAAGACCUUGGCUGGGGACCGAGAGAGGAGAGGCGUGGGGCCGGGAAAUCGGGCUCCCGGGCAAGCCCCCUUGCUGCUUCCUCCACUGCCCUUUCGCUGGGGAGCGGGCGGGGAUGAGACGGCGGGCUCGGGCAUGCGGAGUGAGUGCAGCCUGGGCCCCGGCUCGGCCUUGGGCGGAGCGCCUGCCUGGCGGGCCGUGCCAGAGUUGUUGUGACGAAGUUUCUUCACUUUCCGACCCGAAGGGGGACUUGGGGACUGGCGGGGUGCUGUGCCUGACUCCGCGCGUCCCUUUUUCUCCGCCGCGCCUAGUUUGCUUCCUGGGAACACUUUGGGGGACAGCUGCGGACUCCAGCUCGCUGUUGAACCCCGGGCGCUUUAGGAACCCAGUGCAACAAACACACCAAGGUGACUAAGUAACUCUGGGGACAUUUGCACAUACGCACGAGUGUUCCCUGGUAACAGCUUUCUUGUUUCUCUGUGGCUUGUUAUGGUUGCUCGUAAUAACCCAUGUCGAGAUGCACUGGCGACCUCUCUCCAGUCACCAGGUUUCAGGUGAUGUUCUACUGCCUCCUCUCAGGUCCCCUUGAUUCUACUGCAGUCUUGCUCCGCCCCUUCUCCUUUCCACAACCGCUAUACCCACCCAGUUGGUCUGUAAAAAAAGAUGCAAAGUAAACCCCAGCCCUUAUGAAUAAGAUGAAUCUUUGUUAAGAGUUAGCGAGGUUCAACCAAAAUACUUUGGUUCACCUCUCUUCCCACUCUUCUUACCUCUGAAAUUGUUCUGGUUGGGCUUUGGUCAGCUGUGCAGUGAGAACUUAGAUAUGCACAGGUGCUUUGUUUUUAUUGUUGUUAUGAAAGCGGGCAGCAUUUAAACACAAAAACGUGUCUUUUGUGAUAGAAAGUUGGAUCCUUUUCUGAUAACUUAAUCGACUGCGUACAACUCCAGUAGAGGCCACCAUACACCUCCUAAAAAUAGUUGGUGAAAUUGAUUCACAGUAGGAUAUUUUGAGGUAAGACUCUCAAUCCUCAACAUCUAAAGGGUGCAACUUUGUCUUCAAGUACUUGCUCCAUUUUUAAAAAAAUACGCAUUGGGCUGUUAUAUAAUUACCUUGUUCUUUUUUUUUUAUCAUAUAUACUGGGGUUAAGAUUACAUACUAGCAUAACAUGUAGUAAGGAAUGUAGUGGAAAUAAAUUCAGAAGUACCCUAAAUCUGAACCCUCUAUACUUAUAGGAAAUAUUUUAUUAGUAAACCAAGCAAUUCCAAUAUACAUUUUAAUAUUUUACAUCUCGUAAGAACAAGAUAAAUGAAUAGGCGUUUCUUUCUUCUUGAAAUGUGGGGAUGCUAACUGCUUGCACAAUUGUCUAGCAAGUCUAUUGAAGGGGAGAGGAAUUUUGUUUUAUUCAUGUAUGUAACUUACUGAACUUAUAGUCAGGCAUUUAGUUUAUAAAAACAGUUAAAUGCUUUGAUAUAAGGAUGGGACGGGAGGUGGGAAGCGUUUUGCAUGCCUACUAUUUUAUUAUUUUUGUUAACUUUGAAUGUAGUAUGUUUUAAAUUGUAAUUACCACAUGGUUUUUUUAUUGUUUGCAGUAUGUUUUAGGUAUUGUAGAGAUUUAACAAUGGGUCUCUCUACCUCAGCAAUUUGGAAAAAUACUCGAGUGGAAAUUGUUAAUCCCUAUGAAGUAAAACGAAAGGUGAAGGUAAAUGGUCUUAAAAUGGUUGAUGAGCCAAUGGAAGAGGGAGAAGCAGAUUCUUGUCAUGAUGAAGGAGUUGUUAAAGAAAUCCCUAUUACUCAUCAUGUUAAGGAAGGAUAUGAGAAAGCAGAUCCUGCACAGUUUGAGUUGCUCAAGGUUCUUGGUCAGGGGUCAUUUGGAAAGGUUUUUCUUGUUAGAAAGAAGACCGGUCCUGAUGCUGGGCAGCUCUAUGCAAUGAAGGUGUUAAAAAAAGCCUCUUUAAAAGUUCGAGACAGAGUUCGGACAAAGAUGGAGAGGGAUAUACUGGUGGAAGUAAAUCAUCCAUUUAUUGUCAAAUUGCACUAUGCCUUUCAGACUGAAGGGAAACUGUACUUAAUACUGGAUUUUCUCAGGGGAGGAGAUGUUUUCACAAGAUUAUCCAAAGAGGUUCUGUUUACAGAGGAAGAUGUGAAAUUCUACCUUGCAGAACUGGCCCUUGCUUUGGAUCAUCUGCACCAAUUAGGAAUUGUUUAUAGAGACCUGAAGCCAGAAAACAUUUUGCUUGAUGAAAUAGGACAUAUCAAAUUAACAGAUUUUGGACUCAGCAAGGAGUCAGUAGAUCAAGAAAAGAAGGCAUACUCAUUUUGUGGUACAGUAGAGUAUAUGGCUCCUGAAGUAGUAAAUAGGAGAGGCCAUUCCCAGAGUGCUGAUUGGUGGUCAUAUGGUGUUCUUAUGUUUGAAAUGCUUACUGGUACUCUACCAUUUCAAGGUAAAGACAGAAAUGAAACCAUGAAUAUGAUAUUAAAAGCAAAACUUGGAAUGCCUCAAUUUCUUAGUGCUGAAGCACAAAGUCUUUUAAGGAUGUUAUUCAAGAGGAAUCCAGCAAAUAGAUUGGGUUCAGAAGGAGUUGAGGAAAUCAAAAGACAUCUGUUUUUUGCAAAUAUUGACUGGGAUAAAUUAUAUAAAAGAGAAGUUCAGCCUCCUUUCAAACCUGCUUCUGGAAAACCAGAUGAUACUUUUUGUUUUGAUCCUGAAUUUACCGCAAAAACACCUAAAGAUUCUCCUGGUUUGCCAGCCAGUGCAAAUGCUCAUCAGCUCUUCAAAGGAUUCAGUUUUGUUGCAACUUCUAUUGCAGAAGAAUAUAAAAUCACUCCUAUCACAAGUGCAAAUGUAUUACCAAUUGUUCAGAUAAAUGGAAACGCUGCACAAUUUGGUGAAGUAUAUGAAUUGAAAGAGGAUAUUGGUGUUGGCUCCUAUUCUGUUUGCAAACGAUGCGUACAUGCAACUACCAACAUGGAAUUUGCAGUAAAGAUCAUUGACAAAAGUAAGCGAGAUCCUUCAGAAGAGAUUGAAAUAUUGAUGCGCUAUGGACAACACCCCAACAUUAUUACUUUAAAGGAUGUCUUUGAUGAUGGUAGAUAUGUUUACCUUGUUACGGAUUUAAUGAAAGGAGGAGAGUUACUUGAUCGUAUUCUCAAACAAAAAUGUUUCUCCGAACGGGAGGCUAGUGAUAUACUGUAUGUAAUAAGUAAGACAGUUGACUAUCUUCAUUGUCAAGGAGUUGUUCAUCGUGAUCUUAAACCUAGUAAUAUUUUAUACAUGGAUGAAUCAGCCAGUGCAGAUUCAAUCAGGAUAUGUGAUUUUGGGUUUGCAAAACAACUUCGAGGAGAAAAUGGACUUCUCUUAACUCCAUGCUACACUGCAAACUUUGUUGCACCUGAGGUUCUUAUGCAACAGGGAUAUGAUGCUGCUUGUGAUAUUUGGAGUUUAGGAGUCCUUUUUUACACAAUGUUGGCUGGCUACACUCCAUUUGCUAAUGGCCCCAAUGAUACUCCUGAAGAGAUAUUGCUGCGUAUAGGCAAUGGAAAGUUCUCUUUGAGUGGUGGAAACUGGGACAAUAUUUCAGACGAAGCAAAGGAUUUACUUUCCCAUAUGCUUCAUAUGGACCCACGUCAGCGGUACACUACUGAACAAAUAUUAAAGCACUCAUGGAUAACUCACAGAGACCAGUUGCCAAAUGAGCAGCCAAAGAGAAAUGAUAUGUCACAUGUUGUUAAGGGAGCAAUGGUUGCAACAUAUUCUGCCCUGACUCACAAGACGUUUCAACCAGUCCUAGAGCCUGUAGCUGCUUCAAGCUUAGCCCAGCGACGGAGCAUGAAAAAGCGAACAUCAACUGGCCUGUAAGAUUUGUGGUGUUCCUUGGUUAAACUGGAUGAAGAUGAAAUUAAAUGUGUAGUUUUUUUUCCGAAUCUUAUCAAAGGCAUCGUUUUCUGCUAAAUUACUUGAAUAUUAAGUAAUAUAAGUCCCCAUUUUUAGGGGAAAUGAGAUUUAAAAAACCAUGCACAGGUCCACAAUAUUCAUAUUAUGUGUUUGCAGUAGUGUUCAAGUGUUCAUUUAAGCACAUAAUGGAUGUCCACCAGGUCAUCACAACUUCUCUGCACAUUAGCUUCUAAAAUUCCUUUUAAAUAAAGUUAAUUUAAUUUUUUUCUUGUUUCAUACAAUUAUGGUUUGGGGAAUCAUUACCAACAAUCAGUAUACAUAUAUAAUAGUACAAUGACAAGCAAUGUUAGUAUUUUUUAACAUCAGAUCCUGAAGGAUAGGCUUUUUUAAAAAAAGAAAAACAAAAAAAAAACAUAUUGUAGAAGCUUGUUAUUCUGUAAAACCAAAGGACUCCAUUUAUUUGCCUCACUGUAGUUACUAAAAUGUAAACAUAGUGGUUUGGUGCCAGAGCAAAAUACAUUUGUGCUAAUAUAUUAAAUCUUGAUAUAGUUGGUGCCAAAGUUUUUAUAGAAGAAUUAUAUCACAGAUAAUGUGUUCAGGCAGAUCUGUAUAUUAUCCAUAAGUGGCCUCAUUAGAAAUAAAGGUUUUUUUAUAAGGCUUCUGUAAAUUUUACAUCUAAUAGAAAUUUAGUACAAGUGAAACUUUUUUUUUGCCAAAGGCUUUAUACUGUUGGUGUAAUCUUCUAAAUAGGUCAUAGUUAAGCCUUUGAAAAUGAAGUAUGUGGUGUUGACACUAUCCUGGUGUUAUAUAAACUGAUUUUCAAGUUAACCAAUUGGAUUUAAUAAUCAUCUAUCCCCUUUACAAAUGAACUACACUGUUGUUUUUCUGUCUUCAAUGUGCUUUGAAGUACAGUGUAGCAUAUUAUUCUUCCUUGAAUCCUAUGGUAAUACAGUUGACAUCUUACUAUAGUGGACUUGUGCAUAUAGCACACAUGAUAUAGUAUAAUGUAUUACAGUAAGCUUUAGACAAUGCUACUUAAUAGUUUGACUUCAUGAAGAUACACUAACAUUUUCAAUAUGAAUAAUAUUAAUGGUCUACAUGAAAUGUGAGCACAUUUGAAAUCAUAUUUAUAAAAAAAUCUGGCCAAAUUGGUCUUAUUUAAUGUAUAAUUCAGAACCACUGUGUAGUAUGCAUUAUUUUUUCUAAAUGAUGGAAUGUUAAAGAAUCAUUUCACGUUGUUGAAGAAAAUACCAUUGCUACAGCAACAGCAGCAACUACUACUACUACUACUACUACUACUACUACUACUACUACUACUGCUACUACUACUGACAGAAAGAGUUCAUGAAUGUAAACUGGAGGGUAUCACAGUUUUCUUUAGUGAAUAUAAGUGAACUACUUGUGUGUGUUAGGUGUGUUGUUUGCUAUCUAUUUUACUUUGUUUCAUUCAGAGAGAAAGUUGAUUACUGAGUGCUGAAGUAUACAAUUUAGGCUGGGAAACUUGUAACUUUGGUAUUUAAUAAAAUAAACUAUACAUAUUCUCUUUGUAAUGCAAAUAAUCUAUACCCCAUGCACAAAGACCUGUUUCCUGGGUGUGAUAUAUUAAAGUAUGUAUUCUUAUUUUGAGGUAUCUUUUUGAAGUAAUUGAAAGAGAUUAAAGAACAACUUAUGCCACAUGAAAAAUAAUUGCCUAGAAGUAGUUAGGUAUCAUGUCUUGUGGCUUUUUUAUGUUCCAUUUUGGAUUUUUCUUUUCUCAUUUGCUUUAUUACUGUUAUGUACUUGCAUGUAACAGUUUGUAUGCAUAUAUUCUGACUUAUUUUCCUCCUGUCAUUAUCUUGUGCUGUUAUGCCUUCUUCCUAUCAGAAUUGAUAUGUCAAAAUCAGAGGUGUGAUUUUGGUGUUGAAGUUUUCAGGACAGAGAUACUAUUUCCAUGGAUGCAUUUCAAGUAAUAAAAUUAGGGAAUGUGAAAUUGAGAAAUGAAAAAUGAUUACAAAAAACUUUCAGGUUUUCUAUAAUCAAUGACUUUAAAAAGUGGAUAGUCUUAAUUUUAAAUUAGCUUGCUGAUAAAGUUCAUGCCAUACAGUCCUAUCAUGAAAGGAACACUGUAAGUAUUAAGCAAUGAACAGUGUGAUUUCUGAUCACCUAAUGAGGAUUGACAGUAUGUAAAAGACACAGGUAUGCUACAGGAUGUGCCCAAUAAUUGUUUGAGGGUUUUCUACUGAAAAACUCCAAUAUACUAGCUUAACAACUGUAGUAGGAGGCAAACUUAUUGUAUGGGAAAGCUUCAAAUUAUACUGUAAUUUUGUAGAAGGAGCCCAGGUAAGGAUGGCUAAUCCUGUCCAGUUUGGCUAGAACUCUAUAGCCAAAAAUGCAGAUUUGAAUUGAAUAUUUUUUGAUGAGGCUUCCAUAAAUGCUUAACUAGUAAAAAACACAUUAUUUCUAAAAGACUUUAAAAUACUGUGGUUUCUAAUGGAUUCUUUAAUAAUUAUUUUGCAUUGUGUUUUUCUAGUUAAUGGUUUUUGGUAGUAUUUAAUGAUAGCACAGUUUGGGGGUUUUAUUGUUGUUCUUGAAGGGAGAAGAUAUUGAAUUUUUCUUAGAGAAAACAUCAGGUUUGUUCAAAUAGACUAACAAUCUGUUGUCCUUAAGCACGUAUUACCAUGAAUAAACUCAGGAAACAGUUUUCAAGAAAAUUAAAAUUCAGUGCUGGUGAUGGGGAUUUUUGUGGGGAAAAAAAACAAUGGUUUCAAGUUCUUUCACUAAGAUCAAACUUCUGCCUAUUUUGUUAGACUCAGCAAUGUCUAAACAUUGUUUUUUGUAAUUUAUUGUCAUUGGUAAUUCAACAUAAUAAAACAUUUUUGAUAGCA